AUGGAGGCUGACGACGAAACCAAGAGCAAGUACAUCACGCUCAUAUCCCGAGAGGGCUACGAGUUUGUGGUCCUCCGAGAGGCGGCCGCAGUCAGCUCGACGAUCAGGAAGAUGGUCAACGGCAUGUUUAGCGAGUCGGAGACUGGACGCUGUCAUUUUGAGGACAUCAAUGGCGUAGUCUUGAGCAAGGUCGUCGAUUACUUCCACUACUGGUACAAGCACAGGGAUGAUCAGGACGUUCCUGACCUUGAGAUCCCGACGGAACUUUGCCUGGAGAUACUCAUGGCCGCGGACUUUUUGGGUCUAGACACUUGA